AUGCCCUUAGACGCCUACGCCCUCGAGGUUGUGCAAUCCCAGCAGAUCGUGUUGAUUAUCGGACUUUUCCUUCAAGGAAUCUUCUUCAGCCCGUUCCUUGUCAAUUAUCUGAAAAGCGUCUGGCUCCUCUCCAGCUUGCGUGUGUCGGUGCUCUUCGCGCUGCACGUAAACGUGGGCAAUGCACUCCAGCUGUACAGAUCGGAUCCCGAAGAUGGCAUCGAUCCUUUCAGUGACUCCACCGCGGACACAUACACGAUGAUACAGUUCUUGACAUACUUCGUUCAAGUAAUCAUAGGCGAUGCUUUCAUGUUGUAUCGUUUGUAUGUCGUGUGGGAGAAGCGCUGGAAAGCUGUCACUGCUUCUACUCUCAUUUUUGUGGGAAAUACUCUGGCUGUCAUUGUCGUCAUAGGGCUUAUUCCUCGAGGGGCCAAGUUUGUCGGCCUGUACUUCUUCCCUCUGUCCUUUAUCUUUAACGCAAUCACCACCGGUCUCAUCACGUAUCGAUUAUUAUCUGCGACAGGUGGCCGGUUCAUACACGCCCACUUCUCUCGGCGUUCUCGUGUCUCCGUGAACGCAAUUCGCUACCGUCGCGCUUUCACCAUCAUAAUCGAAUCUGCCGCGAUAUACUCCUUCGCCUCACUUGGCCCCUUCAUCUCCUUUUUCACCAGCCCAAACACCGGCUACCAAGUCAUCGCAUGCGUCAUGUCCCCGAUAAUUGGCUUGACGUUUUCGCUCAUCGUUGUCCGUAUGGCGGAAGGGUUCGUGGAGAAAACCUCCACGUAUCACGAAGAGAUGCGUUCUCCUAUCGCCUUGCGGACGUACGGUGGCACUAGCGACGCCGAGGACGGGUUACCUCCCGUGAAUUCGAAAAUUUCCGGUUCGCAAUGA